AUGAAUUUGUCGCAUUGGAAUCAAUUCGCACACGCCGCACUUUUGGAUUCGGAUGUUGCGUUGGGUGAGUUGUGAAUCUCGCGCGAUAAAUUCAAUACAAAAAACUCACAAAAAAGUUGCGAAACGUGUCUUUAAGAGUAAGGGAAAGAGUUGUCAAAUAAAUAAAGUGGUGAUGCUCGUGUUCUCCGCCACUCUUCCUUCUCAAUCGCUAUCAGUCGCACCGCACACCGCCCAAAGAUAAGCGGGAAGGAAAUCAAUUGAUUGGUACAAAAAAAAACGAAAAAAAAGUGAGUCAUUCAGCAAUCCGGAUAUUUCGCGAAUUGGGAGAUGCGGCAAUGGUAUUCGCGUUGGAGCAAAUCGAGAAUGUCGAGGAGAAAAGUUUGCUUCACGCUCAGUUGUACACGAUUUUGGGACGAUAUGAUGAGGCGGAACCACUUUAUUUGGACUCUUCAAGACCUAUUGAAGCUUUAAAUGUAUAAAGAUUCAAAAAACAUUAAAUAAAUUUAAUUUUUCUUUUUAGAUGCGUCGAGAUUUACUGGAAUGGCCGAAGGCUUUGGUGCUUGCAGAAACCAUGAAUCCCAAGGAAAUUCCAUUCUUGUCAAAGGAGUACGCCCAGGAGUUAGAGCUGACGUAGGCAGAGAUUACUGUACUUUUCACAAUAGAAGUUUCAGUGGAGAUCACGCGAACGCUAUUGCCAACUAUGAAAAGGGAGUGGUGGAGAAUCCCGACAACCUUCCAGAACUCCAGGAGCACAACGAGAUCUGUCAGUCGGGAGUGGCUCGAAUGGCCAUCAAAACUGGCGAUUUGAGAAGAGGCAUUCAGUUGGCAAAACAAUUGGAAGGAAGAGUUAUCAAGAGGGACUGCGCAAUUAUUCUAGAGCAGAUGAAGCAGUACACAGAAGCUGCUCACUUGUACGAAGUCGGACUCUUCUAUGAUCGAGCGGCGGCAGUGUGCUUGAAAGCGAAUGCGUUGGCAAAAGUGGGAGAGUUGCUGGAUAAGGUGAAGAGUCCGAAGAUCCAUAUACAGUACGGAAAGAUUAUGGAGAAGGAGAAGAAGUUCAAGAUUGCUGUGCAAGUAAGUUCGGAAUCCAGAGCCAGUGACAACCCAUCUUUUUCUUACAGUGCUACGAACGAGGUCGCGAUUAUGACAACCAAAUCCGUGUGCUUCUGGAUCCGUUAAACGAGCCCAAUGAGGCUGUCAAGGUGGUCCGGGAGAGCCGGAGUAUCGAAGGAGCGAAACUCGUGGCCAAGUUCUUCGUCAAACUCGGAGAUCACCGUUCCGCCAUCCAAUUCCUAGUCAUGUCUCAGUGCGUCCAAGAGGCAUUCGACCUGGCGGACAAGAACAAUGCGCUCGACGAGUAUGCAAGCGCAAUUGAGCAACACGGAAACAUUAGCCACGCUCUGGACCUGGCCAACUAUUAUAACAACAAGGCGAAUGAUAUGUACUUGGCCGCCAAGUUUUACACCCAAGCGGGGCAUUACACAACCGCUAUGUCGAUUUUGUUCCGUCACGGAGACGAUGAAAAGUGUGUGGAGCUUUCGGUUGAGUGUGGGAUUAAAGCGAAAGAUGCGCAUUUGACUGCCCAGCUAGUACGGUAUCUUUUGGGCGAAGACGGUAACAAUAAGGAUCCGUCGCAUCUAUUCCGGCUCUAUGUGGGCCUUGGAAGGACCAAAGAUGCAGCUACGACUGCUGUCGUCGUGGCACAAGCUCAUCAGGUGAAAGGAUCGUAUAGAGUUGCUCGCGACUUGCUCUUCCAAAUGCAUCAGAACCUGAGAGCAGUCAUGCUGAAGAUUCCACAGGAUAUGAACAUAAAUCUGAUGUCCUUGCACGCCUACAUAAUCGUGAAGCCGUUGAUGGCCAGAAAGGAGGUGAUGCUGGCGGCGAGGUGCAUGAUCAAGACAUGUAACGAUCUUAGCAAGUUUCCAGUCCGUGAGUCGUACUUUUAUUCCAUUAUUCAUCUCUUACAAAUCAUUUCCAGACGCAGUCCCCAUCCUAACCUCGGCUGUCGUGAUCUGUCUACAAGCAAACUUAAAAAAGUCGGCUCAUAAGUUUGCCUCAAUGCUCAUGAGCCCAGAGCACAGAUCGAAGAUUCACGAAAAGUACAAGAAGAAGAUUGAGGAUGUUGUGCGCAAAGGAUCGAAUGAGACGGAUGUUCCAGAAGAGAAGACGCCCUGUCCAGUCUGUGAUCGUUCCAUUUCCGAGUACGCGUGGAGUUGCGACCACUGCUCCAGCCUCAUUCCCUGGUGCAUUCUGACGGUAUCACUGACUCGUGACUCAUCAGACUAACAGAAUGUCUUCAGUGCCGUCACAUCGUCGCCGAUGAUUUCUCCCGUUGUGCAACAUGUGAAAUGCCGGGUUUCUUUUCGGAGUUCAGGAAGCUGGCGAUGGCCAAUGAAGGAUGUUACAUGUGUGGAGGAGACUGUAAAAUGUGUAUUCCCGAGGAUGUGAAGGCGUAUUUGGAGAGAAUGGAAAAAGAAUAUAAGUGGUGAUUUGAUGGUUUUUGUGUUUUCGUUAGUAAAAUUUUAAAUGCUCCCCCGUUUUCAACUCCAUCUCACACCUAUCCUUCGAAACCUCUCGAAAUCGCCCUAGAAGGCUCGCUCGUCUCUUUCUGUUUUGUCAACAAUCAAAGAAAGUGCGAGAAGGAGAGAAGAGACACGACAUGAGACUCCAAUUUCUCACAUUACCAUCUAUAUCCCUGUAUGUUCGCGAGCUCUUCCUCCCCGCCAAAAACUUGAAGUGGUCAUUGUUUGUUUACUCCUCACAGCUAGAUAGAGCCCUCUGACCUCUACUACCACCUAUUUCUCACUAUUUCAUUCGUUUUCACAACACCACCAAAAAACGACUCGGAUCGGGAUUGGAUUUCAAUUUUCCAAAACAAUUUCGACCUUCGAUUUCAAAUGUAUUUCCUUCUCCACUAAAAUCUAGUCUGACAAUGUGUAGGUCUAAUCAGAUUGUCAUUUUUCUGAUAAUUUAUAUUCACACUUUUACCAUUUUCACAUUUGGCACCAUACCUCUUUCCGAGGGCCUCCAUCAGAUUUACGCAAGGAAUACGGCUGGUAAACAGAUUAGUGUAGGACGAAAAAGAUGGAAACAUUUUCAGAUCAGAAAAAGUUGGGCGAAAAUUGUACGAGGACCACCGAAUGUGUGUCCGGAGCAUUAUGUCUUGGCACGUGUAGAUGUCGGAGCACACACGUUCCAAUUGAUGAGCAGUGCUGGAAGAGUAGGAAAUCUUCAGAUUUCAAAUAAGUGUCGUUUUUACUUCAGAAGUGGAGCCCGGCAACGUUGGUUGCACGUACGAUGAGCAGUGCGAAGGCGUCUGGCCAAUGACGACGUGCCAGAAGGGACAAUGUGCCUGUUCUGAUGCCGAAACGUUAAUUGAGACAAGAGAGGGAAACGUUUGUGUACUGCCGGGAAAUUGUCCCACGAAUGAAGUUCAUGGCGCCCUGUACGAACGAGCCACACACCGAGUAUCCACGUGUCUCACUUUCACAUCCAAAAAGGACCAUACACAGUUUAUCGGUUGCGAUGAGUAUCCAGAAGUGUACGAUUGCAUUGCUGGAAUCUGUUGUCCGACACGUGGCACGACUUGUAUUCAGCCGAUGAGCUCCGGAGAUGUCAGGGACAGUUCUGUGAUUGAGGAGGAGCGGUGGUGGUAUAAUAGUGCCACGGGACAGUGUGCCGCUUUCAAGUACAGUGGCCAAGGCGGAAAUUCGAAUAACUUCUUGACACAAUGGCAGUGCGAAUCGUAUUGUAGCGGCAGUGAGUUUUUUCUUCUACUUUCAAUAAGAUAUGAAGAUUUCCGUUGCAGGAUGUGUUCGAGGUGACCCAAUUCCUCAGUUCAGCGCCACCCCAAUUUCCAACAACGACAACUACUUCUGCAAAGUCCACGAAUCGGAUCGUCUGCUCUGCUGUCCGACGCCCUCCUACAUUUGCAGCUCUCUCGGCGGAGUGAACGUUGACAAAAGUACCAUGAGACCAUUCUCAAACGGAUCUCCCCGAAGAGGAGCGGAUGCUAUCCAACGAUGGUACUGGGACACCAAUGAGCUCGCAUGCAAGCAGUUCAAGUACUACGGACAAGGCGGCAAUUUCAACAACUUUGGGGACAAGGAGGAGUGCGUCAAUUUUUGCACCGCCCGACUCUGCUCUCACGGCUCUCCGCUCCGCGACCCCAGUGAUAACGUUCAAAGAUGUAAUGGCCAAACGCAGUGCCCUGAGACCCAUGACUGUAGGCACACUGUCUGCUGCCCUCGUCCCGCUACAACCUGCCUACAAUCUUUGAGGUCUGUUGCACAGUGUGAGCCGGGAGAAACUAUAACCCGAUGGACUUACUCCACGGAGCACAGCAUGUGCAAAUCAGUGCUCGCGAGCCGAUGUUUGCUCGGAGACAAUCAGUUUGACACGUUGGAAGAGUGUCAGACCACUUGUUCCAGUGUGCAGGCUCAGCCGAAGUGCCCCAUUGGUAGGCCGUUCAAAGGAUCCGAUCAUGUUGUCAUACGAUGCUCGUCAUCAAAGAGAUGUCCGUCAAACUACGAGUGCGUAUACACAGGCACUGCGCAUGCUUGCUGCCCAGCUAGAGGUUAGAAAUACUACUUGUCCUACGCCAUAUCAAAAGUCAUUUCAGAGUAUACAUGCCAUCAAACCCUAUCCCUAGGGACCACGUGUGGCAUGUCAACCCUUCAACGUUGGUAUUACGAUCCGAUGCAGAAUAAAUGCAAUCAGUUCGAGUAUCAGGGAUGUAAUGGGAACGACAAUAACUUUGUGACUCGGCUGGAUUGCAUGGAGACCUGUCACCGAUCCGAUUGCCCCGACGGAGGGGAGGCGUUGAUUGACUCCAGCAACGGGCGGAUCAUUGCUUGUGAGAAAAAUGAAGAUUGUCCGAGCACUCAUACGUGUACUAGACAGGUGAAAUAUUAUAAUUUGCUUGAACAUUUGCAACUUCUCUAACUUUCAGCUGUACUCCAACCGAACAUCCUGCUGCCCUUCCCGUAAAUGGAUUUGCUCCCACGAUGCGAAUGAAGGUGUCGCCUGUGGGACGCCUUCGAAACGUUUCUAUUUCGACCCCAAUACGGAGACGUGCCUUCAGUUCAACUACCUCGGAUGCGCCGGCAACGCGAACAGCUUUUCUAACCGCGUGGCUUGUUAUCAAUUCUGCCAGAGUGCUUGUAAGUAAUUCAAACUAUUUUCAGUCAAUCCAUAGAAUUCUUCAGCAUGCUCAUCAUCCGAGAUCAUAUACCAGCCUUCGAACCUUGAUGAACCGUUCGACUGCUCUUUGAAGACGUGUCCACGUCAUUUUUCUUGCGUCAAAAGCGUAUGGGAUGAGACAAAGAACGUUUGCUGUGGGAGUCCGAACUUUGGCGUCUGCUCUUCCACUCAACACCCGAUGCUCGAGUUCAGCUCACAACAGCCGAUGACUUGCACACCAAAUACACAGGUGAGUCAGAUUGGACACUGCAAAUUAUCACUUAAAAAGUUUUCAGAACUCUUGUCCGAUGGGCUUUCAGUGCACUUACAGCUCAAUCCGAAUGCUCUACUUCUGUUGCCGUGACAUUCAGCGCAUAGACAAGUGCCUACAGGGCUCUCGUCCUGAAAUUUGGCAAAGCACCGCCGAGCCCAGGUCUUGCUCCAGAGACUCUCAAUGUCCAAUGAGCACUUCUUGCUUCACACCGAUCCCAUUCUCUUCCGGUCUUUGUUGCGCCAGAACCGACGAAGUCUGUCCAGCGACAUUCAUCUACGAGGAGGAGAAGUCGGGAGGUGUUCCAUGCUCUCCUUUGGAGAAGAAUGAUUGUGGGAGUGAUGGGUAAGGUAUUUUCAUAAAUAUAAAGCAAAGAUGAUGUUUUUUGCAGACAAUCCGUGUGUCUUUACUCGGACGUCAAGGCGAAAUUCGUUUGCUGUCGUCGAGAGGCUCGUCAGAUUCAGGCCUUAGCCAAGUGCCCUCCGGGCUCCUUAUUAGAACUGCAGAAGACGUACUGUGAUCCCGAGAAUCCCUGCCCGAAGACUCAUUUUUGCAUGAAAAAGUCAACGGACCGAAAGGGCAUCUGCUGUCGACAUCCGAGCCUGAAAAGAGCGAAUCCAAUCAGAACUCGGAAAUUGGGGCAAGGUCCUUUUGGCACCACCACACGAAAGUUGCUGCUAAAAAGUCGGUGUCCGAAAGGGGAGAAGCUUUUCAAGGUGGACGGAGAGCCGAAGCAAUGCGGAGCGGACGAGGACUGCCCGGAGUUUUACAAGUGCACCAGUCAAACUAAUGGAGGUCAGCCUAUCUGCUGUGGGUUGGAUAUCACAGAAAUCUGCCCGACGAAAGUGUAUCCGGCUAUCAAAGUCAAGAAGUGUUCGUUGUGUGCGGUCGGCUACGAAUGUCACAAGAAUUAUUGUUGCCCGCAGAAGGAAGUUGCGUGUGCUCAGCCCAUUCCCUUCGACUUUUCGAGUGGAAACUCUGAAGAUGACCCCCAGAACCCCACCAGAUACUAUUAUGACUCUGAGACCAACACGUGCCACUCGUUUACCUACAUUCCACAACGAAAACUUACUGAUUCACAAGCGCAAAACCACUUUGCCGAUCAUGAAUCAUGCAUAGACAUGUGCGUGCAGAGCGCGAUUAGCGAGGAAGAGCUGCAGUGCCCUCACCCGUACGUAAAUCCUGUCGAUCAUCCACAGAUGUGCAUCACGAGCCUGAAGUCGUGCGCGGAUUCGGAAACGUGUCUGAAGACGAUGUCCGGCAGUUUUGUGUGUUGUCAACAUCCGCCGUCGUUCCAAAUGCUCAUGAACAACCUGUGCGGGGCCAGCUACGUCCCCACACUCAACAAAUCGGGAAAUCCGAUCAGAUGCUCGUCGAGCAGCCGCUGUCAGAGCAGGAUAUGUCGUCAGAGCCCGGUCCUUCGCUACAGUAUAUGUUGCCAGAGAAGGACAUCCAAACGUAAGCGCUCUUUUUCGAAAAUUCAACAUCAUCUCUUCUUCAGCACGUCUUCUAAUCCGGCCGCUUUCCGAAGGUCAAAUCAAGAAGCCAAUUUGCAGAUCUGAAGCCGAGGCAGCCAUGGGAACUUGUCUACCGAGUACGUCAUUAUUUCGAAUUCCUAUUUUCAGUUGUUCUGUUAUUUCAGAGCUUUAUCCCGGAGAAACGGAAUGUGAAACAGACGAGCAGUGCAAUGAUGCGUCGACGUGUUUGGAGAGGAAGUGUACAUGUCCGAAGGGUACUGUGCAGUUUAGAAGGAUGUGCGGUAAGUACUUAUUCUCGGUAACCCAUAAGGGAUCGUUCAAGUUAGUUCGAAUCCUGACUUCUCCGUAUCCCGAACUCGGAACACAGAUAUCUGCGUAGUCAAUGUUAAUCUAGUCUAAUCCAAUAUCAUUUUUCAGCCGCGGUUUGCCCAAUCUUCUACAAAAACCAAAACGGCGUUUGCGUGUGA